GCGAUGUACCUGCCACUGCUUUACACCCGCUGACGGGUGAGCUGGCACUCUUCUCACGUGCGGUGAAGACGCUGGAGCUCUUUGCACAUGCAGGAGUCCCGUCCGGACCCUAGCACCCAGGUGCCAGGCAGAGUCACACAGCUGUGCCGCCAGUAUAGUGACGCGCCCCCGCUGACGUUAGAGGGGAUCAAGGACCGCGUUCUUUAUGUCUUGAAACUCUAUGACAAGAUUGACCCAGAAAAGCUCUCAGUAAAUUCCCAUUUCAUGAAAGACCUGGGCUUAGACAGUUUGGACCAAGUGGAGAUUAUCAUGGCCAUGGAGGACGAAUUCGGGUUUGAAAUUCCUGAUAUAGAUGCGGAGAAAUUGAUGUGUCCACAAGAAAUUGUAGAUUACAUUGCAGAUAAGAAGGAUGUAUAUGAAUAAAGUAUCAGACCCCUUUUCUUCACCAAGAAGAUAGAGGCGAGUGUCUGGCCGAGAGAACCAGUUUUGGCAUCAUUGCUGACAUCAACAGAGCAAUUCUGUUUAAACUUGUAUUUAAAUUGUCUAAGUUUUUGUGCCCUUUGAAAAUAAAUCUAUAAAGCAAUA